AUGAAGAAAAAAGUUCUUCUUAUGGGUGCCUCAGGUAGCGGAAAGACCUCCAUGCGCUCGUUAAUUUUUUCCAACAACCCUGCAUCUCUCACUGCCCGCCUCGGAGCGACAAUAGACGUUGAACAAAACCACGUUCGUUUUUUGGGAGACCUCAUCCUGAAUCUAUGGGACUGCGGUGGUCAGGACGCGUUCAUGGACUCAUAUCUCACCACCCAACGUUCAACGAUCUUCCAACAUGUCGGCGUUUUGAUAUAUGUUUUUGACGUUGAAUCGAGAGAGAUGAACAAAGACCUCGAGUACUAUCGAGAUUGUCUAGAAGGCUUGAAACAGUUCAGCCCAGAAGCAGCCGUUUUCCUUCUUGUGCACAAGAUGGAUUUAGUUCGGGAACCGAAGAGCCUGAUGUUCGACAAGAAGUACAAGGAGCUCCAAAAGGCUAGUGGGGAUAUGGUUAUUACAGUGUUUGGGACCAGUAUCUAUGAUGAGAGCCUCUACAAGGCAUGGUCAAGCAUCGUACAUACGCUCAUCCCAAACGCAGCUAUCCUUUCCAAACAUCUCUCAACACUCGCAGAAGCAUGUAAUGCAACCGAGGUUAUCCUUUUCGAACGUACCACUUUCCUCGUCAUCGCUACUUCAACCUCUGAACACCAUUCCUCUUCCCAAUUUUCAUCGUCAACAAAUUUGCCAAGCCGAACAACGACGAAUAUGUCUGCAUCUUCAACAGAUGAACCCGUGGAAGAUAGUCACCAUCUCGAUCCGAAGCGUUACGAGCGGACGUCUGAGUUGAUCAAAGCUUUCAAGUACUCAUGUUCACGGGUGAGAGAAGAGUUUCGUUCUCUGGAAAUGGAACUUUCGGAGUUCACUGCUGUGUUGGAUGAAAUGACAAGAAACACGUACGUCAUGGUCGUGGUACAUGAUCCUACAAUAGAAACGGCUGCCGUAAAGCUUAAUAUUCGAAUGGCACGGCGAAAGUUCGAAGAGCUGCAGGGGGAUGGAGUUGUUUCGUAG